GGGAAUUACAGAUUGUAAACGUGAAAAUACGCAUUAUCAAAUGCGACGACUUGUGUUCACUUUACAUCGCUUCAAUGGAAGUUUUAGGGACAAGUGUAAUACUGGUAUUAACCUAGUUACACUUGCGCCAGACUUAAUGGAGGUCUAUAUUGUCUUUCAACUGCAGGUUCUAUAGUGACUCAAAAGACUUUUACACAGCUUGAUGUAAAUGAUUUACAAGAUUAAAAAUGAACACAUCCGGCACAACGCCUUUCGAAAACUAAACAAUGGACAACGCAACAUUUGGAGAAAAUCCCUCUUCAUCAAUAGCUAAUAGAACUACACUGUCUACUACUACAUCGACAAAUUCUCCACCAAUAAUUGCAGAGGAGGAUGCGCAUGCACACAAACCAUUAACCAUUGAUGACAUUCUCGGAGUGUACUGGGAAUACAACACGGCGCAUAACCUUGGUCUCUACGGAUACCCAGUAAUACUAAUUCUAGGAACGAUUGGUAAUAUUGUAACACUUUUAGUAAUGUUAAGGAAGAAGAUGCGACGACGAACAACUUGCUUUUAUAUGUCAAUGGUUGCUGUCUUUGAUACACUGGUGUUAUAUUUUGCUUGCCUUAGACAGUGGCUGGCAUUGCUUCAGGGGACAGAUGCACUAACGUUGAGUAGUGCCGCGUGCAAAAUUUUUAAUUUCUUCUCUUACGCAUUUUUCGAUGUAUCAGUCUGGCUCUUAGUAUUAAUGACUGUUGAAAGGUUCCUGGUGGUUCAGUUUCCAUUACAAUCGUUAAAAAUAUCAUCAAUCGCACGUGCUAGAAUAGCUGUUUUAGUACUAAUCAUCAUUAUGGUAUUGGUGAACGCACAUUUUUUCUGGACUGUUUAUCUUGACGAAAGACAACGUUGCAAUUAUUUGGAAGACUUUGAACAUUUCCAUGACAACAUUUGGCCGUGGAUAGACGCUACAGUCUACUCAUUUCUACCUUUUUUGUUGUUGCUGAUAUUCAACGUCCUUAUCAUCAUUAUCCAUCGGAGAUCCAUAAAUUUGCGAAGGACGACACUACAGAUUGGCAAGCCGAGAACCAGAAGGUCAAAUCAAGGGACACAACUUCGACUUACUGCUAUGCUUUUAAUAGUGACCUUCACCUUUCUAUUUCUCUCCGCACCAAACGUUAUACUUAUUUGUAUCAGGAAUAAAUAUUUUGACUUUUCACUUCAAGUUGACGACUUUCGAGACAUUGCAGUAUUUAGACUUGUGUCUACAGUUACAAUGUUUUGUUUAUACGUUAACCAUGCAGUAAACUUUUUGCUUUAUUGUAUCAGUGGACAGAUGUUUAGGAGAGAGCUAUGGAAAUUGUUAACAUGUAAAUACGAUGUUGCACGUGCAGGAUCAUCCAUACUCUCGGAUGUUACAAUUCGAACGAUGAGACUCAGUGAGUCUUCAGUACCUGGCAGUCCUGGUCUAGUCAGAAGAGAAACAGAAAAUCAUUUUUGAAAGAAAUCUACGAAAGUCUAAGGCAUCGCCUGUAACUGAAAGUACAUGUAAUGAAGAGGGGAUUAGUCUCCGAACACGUAUAACCUAAGCAAAGUAAGGUAUAUAAAAACAGAUGCACUGUCGGGUUUCGGUAGACUAUGAAAUAUAUUAAGCUAAAUUAAGUUAUAUACUAAAAUGUUGGCGAGAAUCUUUACUAGUGGGAUCCUUGUCAUCGCCAACCAGGAAGAAAAUACAUCAAAUCAAGAUGUUGGCAAUAUGGUCGUCGAAAACAUGUUGUUACUUAAAUAUUUAUCAAACGUGUAGAUAUUGUGUUUUGUUUGAAUGGCACAAUCAAAAUGGUGUGGGUGGUAUAAGCAUAUCACAUUAUACUUAAAAUACAUACAUACUAUUCUGUUAAAAAGUUAGAUAUUUCAUCAUUCGAACCUAGAAACGUGUUAGUCCCUAUACUUUUAGUGACGUAAAAUCACAAUAUACAUUAUGGAAUUUUCCUUCCGAAGCGUUCACCGCAUUUACAAAGUAAAGUAAUAGCAGUUUAGACUUGAUAAGUGUGUUUGUAAGAGGUGAUCUUCUUCUUCUUCUCGUUCGCGACUACACUGUCAGACCAGCAGCCUCGAUGAAACUUGUGGUUUGCCGCAAUCCUCAAUGCCU